CCAUAUGAUUGUCACAUGGUACUUGUAUUUUUUUCAUACGGCUAUGAAAUCUGUUUGUGUUUCUCAAUUGUUUAUUAAUUGUUAUUUUUUCUUUUGAAGUAAAUACUCUCAAUCUUUUAUUAAAUUGAAUUAAUUCAAUUAUGGUGAAAGAGAAAUAUGUCCAAGCCUGUUGUUCAAGUGAUUAAUUUGGGAAGGUUGAAUUAUGCUGCUGCCUAUAAGGCUCAAUGUCUUGCCAGGGACAAAUUGAUUAAACAAUUGAACCAAGAAUCACCGUCAUCGUUGCCAUUAGAGGUUAAUCACUAUGAGAAUAAACUACUCUUGGUUGAACAUGAGCCUGUUUAUACUACUGGAGUUAGACGAGCUCCUUAUGAUAUGCAGCUAAUCAAUUCACUAAAGUCACUCGGAGCUGAUUUUGUUUCAACAGAUCGAGGAGGUUUAAUAACCUUUCAUGGAUACGGUCAGUUAACCAUUUAUCCUGUUCUCUACUUAGGAUGUUUCUUUAACAACAAGUCAAUUAAAUGUUAUGUGCAUCGUUUAGAGGAAACUUUAAUACAAACAGUUAAGAAGGUUUUACCAAAAAAUCAAAAAGUAUCAACAAUUUCAGAAUACCCCGGUGUUUGGGUUCAAGAUGAACGAAAAAUUGCUGCCAUUGGGGUUCAUGGCAAACGGCAUGUAACAACUCACGGAACAUGUCUUAAUUGCAAUAAUGAUUUAUCCUGGUUCGAUCAUAUUAUACCUUGCGGUAUUCAAGGCAAAGAAGUCACUUCUAUAUCCAAAGAAAUUGGUCAAGAUUUUUCAAUCGACAAGACAAUUCCUUUGUUUCUAGAUUCUUUUGCUCAAUUAUUUGACUGUGAUAUUAAAACAGAUUAAAUAGUAAAUUCUAGUCGCCAUUUAAAAUAUAACACUUGUUACGACUUUAUAAUACAUAAUUAUACAAACUAUCAUUCAUCGAUUGUUAAGUUAUUUUGACCAGUGUGCAAUAAUUCUUCAGAGGUCAUUUCUAUCCGUCAAAUUUACUCUUAGCCAUUUUAUUUGAAAUCCGGAAAAUUGCUAUAAUGUUCAACUUUACAAUUUAUAACCAAAGAUCAUGGCUCCUCCGAAUAUCACAGCAAAAUUCAUUGAAUAAAAAACAAAUUCUGUAAAA